GACAGUUCUCUGGACAACAUCGGUCAACUUAUGAGGCGAGACUUUCACACCUGUUCAUGAAGCAACAAGGCGGGAGUUUGUAAAAUACAGGGGUCAGCUGUUAACUGAGGAAAUCACAGCAACACAUCCCAGAGGAAACACUGGAUUUUGUUUACCAAUGGCAUUACCUGUAUGGGAUUGUUUGUUCUGUUUGCUCCCGUUACUGUUACUUCUGCUUCUGUCUCUGGCUCUGCGCUGGCCCAGGGUACGCUGUUGGACGAGGCUGGCUGUGAAGGCUGUAGCCUGGAGGCUCUGGGUCAUAAUCUGCCUGAUCUUGGAGCUGCCGCUAGACAGGAAUACCAGUACAUGGACCAAUGAGACCAGAUCACCAGGGGUGGAUAUUUCGUCUGGGUCAGGUCAGGCCUCAGUUGGGCCCAGGCUCAUCUGCAAACCCACUGCGCUGGCCAAAUAUCUGCUCAGGCACUGUGGCUCUCUGGCCAAGCCAAGACUGGCCUCCUGGCCCAAAGGAGACCCCCACCUCCAGACUCUGUCCAGCCUGCUGUGCGAACAACACGGAGACACAUUACAGUUCACUAGAGACAAUCUGUUACUGAGAGACGGAGGUAUUGUGGCUCUGGACUGGGCUGUGGGGACAAGACUGGGUGAGGUGGGAGGGAGGAAGAGGUGGGAAGGGAGGAGGGAGCAUCAGCCAGGGGGAAAGGCGCUAGGCUGCUUCACCACAACACCUCCUGUCCUCCUCCUUAUUCCUGAGUCCUGGGGUGGGGUGACCCCCCACCUGAAGGUGCUCUGCCAUCGGGCCAUGUGCCAGGGCUUUUAUAUGGUGGUGUUUCACAGUCGAGGCACAGCUGGGUGCCCGCUGACCACAGCGCGACUGGCUGAGUUUGGAGACCCAGCUGAUCUUGAGCAGGCGGUGGCUUAUGUCCACAGCCGGCACCCGUCCUCUGUAAUGGUUGCUGUGAGUGAGGGUUCAGGCUCAGGGAUUCUUCUUUCCUACUUGGGGGAGUGUGGAUCAAGUUCACACCUGACAGCAGCUGCAGCCAUCUCACCUGUACUCCAGGGACAGCUGUGGUUUGAAACGGUCAUGCCUCCUUGGUAUCGCCGGGGAGUGUUGUUUCAGCGGAAACUGCAGCUCAGUAGAUACGCCAGUUCCUUCAGAGAAGUCCUGGAUGUGGAUCGGGCCCUACGCUGUUCCUCCCUCAGAGACUUAGAGGAAACUCUCUUCUGCUCUUCAGCCCAGCUUCAGCAGAGGGCCCCCAGAUCCUCAAUAAGCUCUCUAAAUUCUGGACUGAGCUCAGGAUCUCAUUCCCCACAGGGCGUGGCACCCUCAGUGGCCUGGGCACUGGGUGAGAGAGCUUACCCAGCCAAAGACUGGGACAACUACUGGGAGAGGAACGAACCACUGAGAGAUGCCGAUGAAGUGGCGGUCCCUGUGCUCUGUAUCUACAGUCGUGACGACCCUCUCCUCCCGCCUGCCUCCACUUUGCCUCUUCCCCUAUUCCAGAGCAAUCCUUAUUUCCUUUUAGUGCUGACAGACAGAGGAGGGCACUGUGGGUUCACUCUGGAGGACAGAGAGGAGACGGAGGGAGGGAGGACUGGAAAUGAGGAAGCAGAGGGAGGUAACUGGAGUCAUAUCGCAGUUCUGGAGUACUUCAGAGUAGUGGCUGAUUUCCUGAAAGGGGAGGAGAGGAAUGGGGUGAGCUUGGAUGCUCCUUUAGAAUAUAGUCAGGCUGGGCAGAGGAGCAGGACCAGCAAUGUGGCUCCUGUUCGCAGAAGGAGAACCAACAUGCUGAGGAGACAAAGACUGCAGGCACCUGAAGAGAGCAGUGUGGAGGCAGAGGAGGGAAGCUUCACCUGGAGGAGGUCCUACACACGCUGAGGAGGAAGAGACGGUGAAGGGUGAGAUCUGCAGAGAGUUUGGACAGUAUUUGGAUUUGUCCUCGUUAUUCUUAAGUUACAUCUAGGGAAAGUCUAAAAACAGCUGGAGAGGAAAAUCAAAAUAAGGGCAGUGGAUGAACAAUUUUUUUUUUUUUUAACCAAAUAGGUAAAAUUGAUCAA